AUGACGUGCGGUUUGCACGUGGAGGAGGCGAGUGUCUUCUGCAGGAGUCUGGGGUGUGGCCCCGUGCUCCAGGCGUCCAGACCCCACCUCACCGGGGCCUCUGGGGGCUGGGGACCUAAGGUCGUGACCUGCCGGGGAACAGAGUCCAGCAUCUUCAACUGCAGGUUCAAUCUGAACGUUCAGGACCAGUGCAGCCUGCCGACAGAUGUGCCGGUCGUGUGUUCAGGACACACUGAGGCCCGGCUGGCGGGCGGCGAGCACCCCUGUGCUGGGCGCCUGGAGGUGAGGCGUGGCCUGACCUGGGGCACCGUCUGCGAUGAGGACCUGGACCAGGCCACAGCCCACGUGGUGUGUCGGGAGCUGCAGUGUGGCAUGGCCGCGUCCACACCCCCGGGCGCGCACUUCGGCCAGGGCUCUGGGUCCGUGUGGACGGAGGCCUUCCGCUGUGCGGGCAACGAGUCCCUGCUGUUCCACUGCCCUCGGGCGCCUGGGCACCAGUGUGGGCAUGGCCAGGACGCUGGGCUCAGGUGCUCAGGGGAAAGGUUCCGGCUGGUCAACGGCAGCAGCAGCUGUGAGGGGCGCGUGGAGCUCCAGGUUCAGGGGGCCUGGGCACCCCUCUGUGCCGCCCACUGGGACCUGGCAGACGCCACCGUCCUCUGCCACCAGCUCAACUGUGGCAGUGCCCUGGCCGCGCCCCGAGGAGGUCACUUUGGGCACGGAAGCGCUCCCCUCUGGCCCGACAGGUUUCACUGCGUGGGCACAGAGCCCUAUUUGUGGAAUUGCCCAGUGAGCACCCUGGGCGCCCCCGCCUGUGCCCCGGGAAACUCGGCCUCCGUGGUCUGCUCAGGUCUCCGCCACGCCCUGCGGCUGCGGGAUGGGCAGAGCCGCUGUGAUGGGCGCGUGGAGGUGUCCCUGGACGGCGUCGGGCCCUGCGCCGGGCGCUUGGAAGUGCUCUUCAACGGGACCUGGGGAGGCGUGUGCCGGCCGCUGAGCCCUGCCUCCCUGGGAGUCCUGUGUGGGCAGCUGGGCUGUGGGCCGCAGGGACAGCUCCAGGCGGCGGUGGGGACCGGGAAGGCCCCUGGGACGCUCUGGGUGGCCUCCAUUCAGUGCCGGCACAGGCACGACCUGUCCCUGUGGCAGUGCCCGUCAGCCCCCUGGGACCAGCGUUCCUGCUCCAGCCAGGAGGAGGCCUGGGUGGUGUGUGCAGUGACCACAGCCCCUUUUCCAGAGGAAGGCUCCGUGCGUGUGAACGGGGGCGAGGACAGCUGCUCCGGCCGCGUGGAGCUCUGGCACGAGGGCUCCUGGGGCACCGUGUGCGACGAUGCCUGGGACCUGGCGGACGCGGAGGUCGUGUGCCGCCAACUGGGCUGUGGCAGGGCCAUCAGCGCCCUGGCCGGGGCCGCCUUUGGUCCAGGCUCAGGGCCUGUGUGGCUGGACGAGGUGGGGUGCCGGGGCAGCGAGGCGUCCCUGUGGGGCUGCCCAGCGGAGCCUUGGGGACGUGCGGAUUGUGGGCACAAGGAGGACGCGGGCGUGCGCUGCUCCCAGCCUGGCCCUGCUCCCCUGCGGACCCCAGAGCCCUGCCCGAUGCUCAGGGCGGUCAGCACAGUUCUGGGAGCGCUUCUUGGUCUCCUCUUUCUGGGCCUCCUGGGCCUCCUGAUCCUGCUGCGAAUCACGCAAGCCAAGCAGAGAGAAGGGGCAGCGAGCCUCACGGACGGACAGUCCGGGCCCGAGGACGGUUACGACGAGGCUGCGUUUCCUCUGGAGGAGAUGACGCUGUGA